AGUUCCGUCGACGCUGUCAUUCGAGGAUGUCUUGUCUCGCGAGAGUUGCACCGGUGGGGCUCCGAACGCAUGUUUCGGUUCCACCGCUGGCAGCAACGAGCUGCUGAUGUUCCCCGGUUCACAAGUUCCGGGAACGACUCGGUGGAAACGAUCCCGGCUAUGACCGUCUAGAGUCAAGGUCGUCGAAGUUCAUUUGGGUGCCCAAGUGAAGUCGAAGCAGGAGCCGUCCAUCGGGUGUACAGCAUCCGUGCAGUACAGUAAAGCUCAACACUGGAACCCAACUGGUGGGCAAAUCUCUGCAACGCGGCACUGAACCGAAAGAGUCCUAACCUGGGACCCAAGAGAGAAUCACAACCUGAGAUGCACCCGAGGAGCGCAACAGCGCAACGCAACAGUGCGACUCAACGCUAGUUUGCGGCAGUAUAUAUAGCCUGAACAGUGACCCGGAUGCGGCAGUGGCAUUCCGUUGAGGUGUCACGACCCCGUGGGUAGCGAACGUCUGGCCCGCUAAAGCAAAGUGUGCGUACAGCGCCGCAAAUUUGAACGCCUUUGCAAGAACCUAUCGCGAGAAUUGCGACGACCGUGUCCGAGCUCGAGCCCCGGCUUUUGAGUCGCAGAAAGCUCUCCCGGACGGCUAUAGGAACACAAUCAAGAUGAUCUACUCGGUACCGCCAGAGGGACGUUCCAAGCUGUCCAGGAUGCAGGGGCAGGGCUUCCCAGACUCGCACACCACGACGGUGACGUCGACCACCACCAGGACCACUUCGUGGUUAACGUUUGACCCUUCAUACCUUCGUACAGUGCCAGGAAUCCUCAAGGGAGCGCAGCUCAUCAUCAACUUGAUAGGCUUCAUCUGCUCACAACUCUCCAUCUUAUUUCCUGGGACCGUGAAUUGGUUUGGUUUUGUGUCCAUGACAGCCUUCUGGGUGACACUUGUUCUGCUCUUCUUUUACAUCUUCCACAUCAUAGAAAGGAUCAAAAUUGUGCCCUGGAUGCUUGCCGAGUUUGUGUACUGCGGCGUCUGGGCAGCACUCUACUUCACAGCCGCCAUUGCUGUUGCAGUGAAGGGGAAGUGGGAGGAGUGUUUGGCUGCUGCUGCCUUUUUUGGCUUUGUGGCCAUGGCCCUGUAUGGUGCUGAUGCCUUCUUCAAGUACAAGGGCUGGAAGUCUGGAGAGCCCGCCCAGGAGUAGAAAACGGCAAGGAUGAAAACUUUCGAGCAAACCCACCCCUUGACAACGAGAGUCUGCGGAGAAAGAAGCUACAGACACAUGGUGGCCAAACACGUUGGAACGUGACGGCUCGCCCAUCACUUUCCUUCUCUGCUAUCUGGAGUCUUAAACUCUCUAAUGGGUCCUACCCCAUGGUACCUGAAAGGCUUCCAAGAAAAUGUGUCUCCAAAAAUUGUAACACGUAUCUAUUCUCGGUCAUUCUAACUCUGCUCAAGAGGAGCAACAGGUGUCAACGAACAGGUAUAUAACACCAUUCACAUAAACUGAGAAAGGUAGCCAAUUGCACACAAUCUCAGCAAGGGGUCCAAGCGAAACUGAAAUUGCGCCAAGGAGUAUAUGCGAGGUGAAAGUUUCAAAUGAUCCGAGAAGAAACUGACAUUGGGCUUAUUUACAUCUUGGUAUUUUUUAAUAAUUUUGAUAAAGAUCUGUCUUAUAACUGGGUACUAGAUCUUUUCCUUGUGUGUAGAAUGUACUAAAUAUGUGCCAUAUACUUCUGCAUACAAAAAGGUGGCGAUCGAUUUUGAAUAGUGGCAGCGAAAACACUGUUUAGAGCAAGGGUAGGCAUGUGCUCAAAUAAUUUCCUAUUUGUUGUCUGGAGGGAGGCAUUGAUUGAGGCUGGAUUGGGAUUUAUGUCGAAGGAUUGUUUGAAGAUGUUCAGGUUGUGAAUGAGGAAAUGUCACGAAUGCAUAAUAGCAGUGUUAGCACUGUGCCACCUGUUAAUUCAAGUGUUACAGUGUAUGAUUGUAAGACAUGUAUGUUCAUGGGAAGAGUAGCUACACUGGUAUUGCAUGCACAUUGCUGGGCGGGGAUGGCAUUGUCACCAAAAAUGCCUAUUAGACACAAAUUUUAUCAGUUGCAUUCAAAGCAAAUCUAGGCUGCAUUCAUUCGUGGGGGUGUUUGGGGGGGGGGGGGGGGGGUGAGAGAUGGGAUAUGUUAAGCUAGUAUACACCAUGAAAGCUUGUGUGUGCUGUUAAAAGGCAGCUCCUUUUUAUGAACCCAUGCAAGCUCCAUCUCAGGUGUUUGGAGUUCCAUGGCCACCCUGUGUUAUAAUCCCAUCCCUGCUUCAGCAUUCACCAUUAAGACUGAAUUAGACAUUCUUCCAUUUACAUUAUUGCAGUAGAUGUAUAGAAAUGCAAGUUAUUGAAGCUUGCCUUCAUUAAUGCUUCCAACUGUAGAAAUUUCGAAUGUGAAUGCCACAUGAGGUGAAAGAUUGGGAAGUCUGGCUUGCCUUUUUCUACACAGGUAUGCAAAAUGUUUUCCCCCUUGAUAAGCUGGUGCAUUCUUCAUAGUGGCAAUUUUUUCUUGGCAACAUGCUUGGUACAUACAAAACCUUUAGAAACAGUGCCUAGGACCAAAUGCUUUGAGGUAUUAUUUUAAAGCACCAAUUUUACUGCCAAAUUAUUUUCAUUGUAACUUUGAAUUUUUAACAAGUAACCAAGUGAUUGUUUUCUGCACUUGUUUUAUAUUUGUUUCUUUAGCAGCUUUGGGUGUGUACCCCAGUUUAUAUUGGUAAAAAAUUGAGCAUGCACAAGCAAUAAAAAAACUGCAUAGUAACUGGAAAUGCUAUUUCAGUCAUCGCAUCAUUAACAACACAGCACCAUGUAAGUGUGUAACGUGAAUAUAUUGUUAGUAUAUCUGUUGCUCGCAUAGGUACGUUUGAGAUCUGCACAUUGUCAGUUGUGUGUGUGUGUUGUGUUGCAUAGAAAGUGAUCACACAUCAGCAAGGUUAGACAUGCACCUGUUGACACACACUCUCUCCUUUUAAAGUGCUACAAUGUGCCUUGCACAUUGUUCUUGCAUAGUCUUAUUUAUGUUGAAUCCCUGCACAUUGCAAUUCAGAUUGCCUUCUGGUGUAUGUGUAAAUGUGUGAAGCUCCAAUGGAAAUUUCAAUUGAAUUCUAAAUGUCUUUCUUCCUUAAAAAUUUAAAUGCAUUGCCAAAGCAGUGUGGGGCCAAAAUAUUAAUUGCCUAUUGUGGGAACCCCACUUGAUGAGCUAGGCUUCUGAAGCAGAUGAUGUAUAUUCCAAAUAAAGGAAAAACCUGUGUUCAGAGUUGUCUGCAAGUAUAUGAAUGUUUCACAAUAGUCGUAGAUGUUUGUGCUGUGGUCAUUACCGUUUUCAUUGCAUUAGUUUCUUUUUAAGUUGCUAAUGACGCACACAUUGCUCUUGCAGCGACUGUUCUUAUUGUUGAAACAGUAUUGAAUAAUUUGAGCAAACAUAUCCUGCUAGGUGGCGUGCACAGUUUGCUGAAAACCUUGAUGCCUUUUCGGUAACUUUGCAAUAAUGAGUAAUUUUUGCAGUUGCUCCAUUUCUGUUGCUUUACCACUAGUGGUUUACCCAUACGUGACUUGCUGGAAUAAACUUUCUAGAAAAACAGUGAA